CAUUUUAUUGUGAUACUUCACGGUGUUCGUUUGACUACUUCACUUCCCCUUCAAUUUCUUCCCCUAAUCAGCCAAUGUUUCAGUAGCUGAAAAACUGUGCUUUUCCAUCGAAAAAGAAUUCCUUCAUGAUGACAAGAUAACGCUUGCUACCCCAGCCAGCACUUGCUACCUACAACCAACAUAUACGGUGAAGACACGGUUUCCCCUUGUGUUGCUGUGUGUCAGCCACCAGCAAAGCAUCCUAACCUCACACUGAACAAGCCUUAUGUGUACGCCGAACCAGACCACUGCACACGACCGAUGCGCUUGUUUACUAGACACAAAACGAAGCCAAUCGUAGGAUUCGCUGGCAGAUGGAUCAGCAGUCACCUUGUGUGUUCUGGCAAGGACCGUAGCGUUGAUGGUGUUGGAUGCAAACUGUAGUAGUAGUGGCCGUAGUGGUGGUAGUGGUGCAUGCGUCUGUACGAGAACAUCGGAAACAUAUCCAGAGAUCUUUCGUCUUUCGAUGCGGGAUUAGUGCAUCGUUAUGAAGAAUCGCCAGUAACAUAACCUCUCUUUUGGGGCAGAUACGCGGAAACAGAAUUCAUGCCUCCGCGGUAAACGUCCGUGCAUGGGUGUGCUGCUGAGUUCGUUAAAGAUUUUCCCAAACUAAAGCUUCCCGUACACAAGUGACAUCAGUGAGAAGCAAAAACAAAGAAACUGUGAUAUUUGUUGGUUAAAAAAACAGCAAAUCCACUUCCAAAUGUGUCUGUUUGGAUUGAAUUUCUUUGAAGGCUCGUGGAAGCAUAUGGGAAGCAACAUGAUGUAUAGGAGACUUCCAUUCCAUUCCGACGCUAACUAGAUUGCAUCCAAUGACAACCAAACCGCACACGAAACGAACGGAAUAACAAUCCAUAACGUUAACGUAUGGCUGAACAGUUUCCGUGUCAGUUGAGUCCAUUUUCAGCACGAAAGUCACUGCAAGCAGUUGUGAGGCCAUUGUCAGAAUUUAUUACUAGUGCAUCAUUGUUGGGGUGGGAUUUUUGAGGCAGAAAUAUGUGUGUUACUAAGGCGUGUGAGGUGUAUUGGACAAGCAAGUGGUUGGAGUGGAUGCAAAUGUAAUGAGAAAAAUAAUAACCAACAGCAUUUACCAGGAGAACUUGUAAAAUUGUAAGUGAUCGAUUGUUUGUGCGAAACAAUCCAAUGGGUGAAAAUUGAGUGAAGCAAGAAGUUGGUGCAAUAUCGUAUCAAUUGUGCGCACGCCAUCGAUACAACCCUUCCUCACAUGUGAUACCGGGAAAAUGAUCGAUCAGCAGCCGAAGUUAUCAUACUGUUGGGUUGGCUCGUGCACGCAAUACAAGGGAAACACGAUAUCCGUCACCUUUCGAACCACGAAUCUGGAAGCAUCUGGCGGAAGAAUAAAUCGAUGGCAAUAGGCAGACCGGAAUGAGCGAAAUUCCCAUCGAGUCAAAGUGCAGCGCUGGGCAGCCGGAACCAGAUACGGGCGGUUCGUUGACGAACAACGAACACGCGAACGGUACGAACGGUGUAAACAUCGGUGCGAAUGUUACCGCUGGCAACACGGCUACACUGGGCCCUGGCAUGAUCCCUGGUAGCAAUAGUAGCUGCAGUGCAAAAACACCAAUUACAACGACCGGCACACCCACGCUCCAGCCGUCGGUGCCACGCUCCUCGCACCAAGCGUACACGUCUACCGGUGGCAGUGUGACGGCCGCCACGUUGGCCGAAGGACAGCGGGUUCUGCUGGCCGCUGUAAUGACGGCGGGAAGCGGCAACGGUGAGAUCGGAGCGCAGCAGCAGCACGGCGAUGGUUCCGGUGGCGACGGGCCCGAACACCUGGCCGGGCUGCUGGGUACGUCCCUGUGCGGGCAGUGCUGUGGUCCGAUCUGCGAUCGCUACAUCAUGAAGGUGGUUGACAUUACCUACCACGAACGAUGCCUUCAGUGCACUUCCUGCUCGAUCCGACUCAUGCAUUCCUGCUUUAUGCGCGACGGCAAGCUGUACUGUCGCUUCGACUAUGAACGACUGUACGGCCGGAACAGAUGCCUCGGAUGUGGUGAGAAGAUUGGUGCCGACGAGCUGGUAAUGCGCGCCCUGGAUAAUGUGUUCCAUCUGAAGUGCUUCAUCUGCGUCGUCUGUGGCGUGCGGCUGCAGAAGGGCGAUCAGUACGUCAUCAAGCAGAGUCAGCUGUUCUGCCGGCCCGACUAUGAAAAGGAGGUGGAAAUGUUCCAGGGCUACAGCUACGAUGAUUACUGCUGUGAUGACAUGUUCCAGACACGCAUCGACGGUCGCCGCGGGCCGAAACGACCCCGGACCAUUCUAACGACGCAACAGCGCCGCGCCUUUAAGGCUUCGUUCGACAUAUCACCCAAACCGUGUCGGAAAAUUCGCGAAGGAUUAGCAAAGGAUACUGGACUGAGUAUAAGGAUAGUACAGGUAUGGUUCCAAAACCAGCGUGCCAAGAUGAAGAAAAUCCAAAAGAAACAGCUCAAGGAGGGUGGUAAAAGCUCACACCAUGGCGGAGGCAACGGCAGCUCGGGCGGCAACAAAAACCACAACAGCAACGGUAAAGGGAACGAUUCCCAGGAAGAGCUGUCAGAUAACGAGAGUGCUGUCGGUGGUAAAUUAUCGCUUCGCAUCAAAGACGAAAACUCGAGGUCAAACAAUUAUCUGCACGAUAGCUGCAGUGACAAUGAAGGCACAGUUACCGACAACGAUGGCGGCCCGUAUGGUGGCACGGCUGCCCGCCUUGGUCUUGGCGGCUCGGACCCAUACAAGAUCGUGAAGGAAGAGCUGGAUCUCGAGGACGACUACUUUCGCAUGGCCAUGUCUACACCCAACCACAUUCACCACCAUCAUCACCAUCCCAACCACCAACAACAACAACAACACCACCCUCACCAUCAUCCGCAAGCACCGGUCAGCAGUGGACGGUUCGGUGGCAAAUCCUUUGCAAAUGAACACCAUGGAAAUGCAGGUAUAAAGACGGAAAACAUGACACUCGACACGACCCCAAUGCUGACCGCGAACGGACCCCCGCUAGACUACGGUGUUUCGCUGCAACAGCUAGCCUCCUCACUGAAUGGGGGAAACGGAAAUGGGGGUCCGGGUACCGGGUGCCCAACGCCCCACGAUUCCGUCGGUCCCAUGGUGAAUCCCAUCGAUCGGCUCUACUCGAUGCAGAAUUCGUACUUUUGCAACCAGGAAAAUCCCAUCUCCUGCCCAUCAACCCCGACCGGACAUCCUGGUACGCCGCCCGGUGGUAAUCAACAUCGUCCAACGCCCAAUGGUUCGGCCUGCCCACAGCAGCAGUCGAAUCAGUUGCAUCUGCAACACCCGGGAUUGCAGCAACCGGUAAUGGCACCGCAUCAUUUCCCGGCACCGUCAAACAGUGGCCCCAACAUGGGAGGGAUGGGACAGCACAUGGUCGGAAUGUGCAAUCCUUUGUUAGAUCAGCAUCAGCACCAACAACUACAACAACAGCAGCACCAUCAGCAACAGCAACAACAACAGCAGCAGCAGCAAGAGAGCGUAAUGUAAGAAGGAUGAGCUGCAGUGCAGUAUACAGUGGAGGCAGAAAAUGUUGCAGUAAAACAGCAAAAAUGCAAUCAGACAAAUGAUAAUGUGCAUGGUGGACUAAAAGCGGAAAUUUCUUUCAUUUCAAUAAGUGAAAGUUUGGUUGCACAUAA